AUGGCCAAGUUUUUGAUGAUGAUCGGCCAUAAUCAACGUUACGUGAUUAUCAAGCGGAGAUUUCAACACUCGAUGCAAACAAUUCAUAAAUUUUUUUAUGAAGUGUUGGAAAAAAUGAUGCUUUUCGCACAAGAUGUUAUAGCACCAACUUCUUUUAAUCCGAAUCCAAACAUUCUAGGACAUAAUAGGAGGCUACGACGGGUUUUCAAAGGGGCGGUCGGUGCACUUGACGGUACUUUGAUACAUGCUGUUGUCCCUGCUAAGAAACAAGACUUGUAUAGAAGUAGGGGAAAGGGAGACUGCUACCAAAACGUAUUGGCAAUUUGUGACUUCAAUAUGAUUUUUACAUUUGUUGUGGCCGGGUGGGAAGGGGUAGCGCAUGACUCUAGAGUAUUAUCAGAAGCAAUAACCGAUCCACAAUCAUCAUUCCCAUUUCCACCACCCGAUUUUCGUCAACGACGUGCAUUGACCAAUAAGGAAAAAUUUAACCAUGGACAUGCAAAACUUCGGAAUGUCAUUGAGCGUGCUUUUGGUGUUUUGAAAGCACGUUUCCCUAUAUUGAAGAGGAUGGCACCAUUCCCGUUCGUGACACAAAGAAACAUUGCCAUGGCAUGUUUCGCGCUUCAUAAUUUUAUAAGGAGAGAAGGAAUGAGUAAUGAGUAUUUUGCACAAUACGAUGAACCCAAUGUCUCGUUUCGAACUAACAAUGUGGGCGUUGAUGAUGAUGAAGACGGGAUUCCAACACAUGGUACUACAGCAGACCGUGAAUAUAUGACUCAGUUACAGGAUGAAAUUGCCGAUCAGUUGAUGCACAAUAUAGAUUGA